AUGGCCGCCAACUUUUGGGCUUCUUCCCAUGGAAAGAAAUGGCUACUCAGCAGGCAACAACUUCAGGAAAGCAGGAAGGAAGACAUAAAGUGUAUCAAUUCACUUGAAAUGAAGAAGGUCAACAUAUGGUUUGCCAAAUUAAUGACUGAGCUAGGAAAUAGUCUCGGAGUGAGACAAGUUAUUAUUGCCACCGCAUUAACGAACAGUUAUAGAGGAACUGAACCGUAUCUGGUCGCCGCUACUUGUAUGUAUUUAGCAUGUAAAAUCGAAGAAUCUCCGCAUCACAUCAAGAGUGUAAUUGCAGAGAUGAAACAUGUAACAACAGAUAAGGGUGGUUUCCAAUACGAAAACCAAAAGGUGGCAGAAAUGGAGUUUUACCUUCUUGAAGAAUUAAAUUUUAAUAUGAUUGUGUUUCAUCCAUACCGAGCUUUAACAACGCUAGCGCAAGAUCUUGGCACAAAGAAUGAGGAUGUACAAAGAGCUUGGCUUAUCGUAAAUGAUACGUACAAGACAGAUAUGUGUCUCUUACAUCCGCCAUAUGUGAUCGCUGCCGCUGCACUUUACUUACCUAUUGCACUUAAAGGGGGUGUUCAAUAUGGUGAUAACAAUAAUAGCGUACAAGGUGUCGUUACUAGAGGCGCUAAAAAAGGUGCUACUUCCGCUGCUACUAGUGAUAGUAAUAAUAAUAACGAGACCACUAAAAUAGAAGACAUAAGGCAAUGGUUCGCAUUAUUGAAUGUUGAUUUGGAUCAGAUUAUCGAUAUUGUUCAAGAAAUAAUAUCAUUAUAUGAAGUAUGGGACGAUUAUAAAAAAAAACCUCAGGAAAUUCAUGGAAUUUUACAAAGACUGUUAAAAAAAUAA